UCACUACUGUAACCAACACGAAAAUACGCACCCGCGCAAUAACUAAGUCGACUUAUUUUUCGCAUUUCAACUUGAUUCGCAAGGGUUUUGGGUAGCGGUGGGCAGCAAUAGUCAAUAUUAUGCUUUCGAGCUGAUGUAAAGCAUAGUGUGUGUAUUCUUAAGUUUAAAGGCAACGCGGACAUAUCGUUUAUUCAUCACAGGUUGAGAAUUUCCAACUUUCCUGGUGAUUUAAAGCAUCAUUAAGCUUCCAGACAGGUUUUUGAUUUGCAGAUAUAUACACCAACAUGGCUGAACCAUUACUAAGCUCGUGCUGUCGCUGCUAUUCGCUGCGGGCCGGAUCCUUAAUUUCGGGAAUUAUGGGCAUUUUGCUAUCAAUAAUAUCCAUCAUUGUUAUUUUCACCACCAGAGUAGAAUUCAAAACAAUUCUCAUGGAUUGGUUACCGCAGAAUGUUGUGAAAAUUAUUUUUGCUCUCAACUUGUGUAUGACCAUUCUAAUCUCUUUGCUCAUGAUUUUUGGAGUACUCAAGAAAAAUCAUUACCUAAUGAUGCCCUGGGUUAUUCUUGGAAUCAUGCUGGCGAUUGGAUUGUUAAUCAGUGUCAUAUAUACCGCGGUGGUUUAUUUCAUCGAUGGAUUUGUUCUCGGUGGCACGUUAUGGAUUAUUAUUGGUCUCUUGUCAGUUGUUAUCUACACCUACAUGUGGACCGUAGUGUACAGCCAUUUCGUUGUACAAAAAAAUGAAAAUGAACGCGGCCUUUACUCAAAGCAGCCUUACCGACGUUAAAGACUAUUCUUUAACGCGACCGGAAAUGUUCUUAUUUACACUUCUAACAAUCUGACCGAGUGAGCUUGCUCGAACAAAUGUGCCAGAUCGAAUUGUCGUAAAUUCUAACAAACAGUAGAGAUAUUUAUUUUUGAUGUUAUUUAACUGUGGUCAAAUUUAACUUUGGGUAAUUCUCUACCAACUCACACGAAAUCGGAAAAAGUUGCCCCGACCCCUCUUCGAUUUGCGUUAAACUUUGUCCUAAGGGGUAACUUUUGUCCUUGAUCACGAAUCCGAGGUCCGUUUUUACUAUAUCUCGUGACGGAGGGGCGGUACGACCCCUUCAAUUUUUGAACAUGCGAAAAAAGAGGUGUUUUUCAGUAAUUUGCAUUUUGAAAAGGGGUAUAGAAAUUAUAUAGAAUGGAAAUUUGGUGUCAAAAUAACUUUUGAUGGCGUACUCAAAAUCUCGAAUAAAACGUAUUUUUCACCGAAAAAAACACUAUAAAAGUUUCAAAAACUCUGCCGUUUUCCAAGUCAUUUUAAGGGAAAUUUAAUGUACUUUUCGAAUUUACAUUAUUAGAUUUAGACCAACAUUUUUCAUUUUAAAAUUCGUAUUUUUUGUAAAGCAGAGCAGACAAUUACAAAAAAUAUAUAAAUAUAUAUGAUCGUAUGAUAUAUAUCAUAUGAUAUAUAAAUCAUACACAUCACGAGUUAUCGCGAUUUUACAUAAAAAAAGUUUUGAAAAAGUUGGGCAUCGUUGAUCAUGGUCGUUCACGUCGAAACAAAUAGAAACGCAAAACAGUAGUUUAUGCAACAAGUUGCGAAAACAACAUUUUUUCAGCACGAGUCGUACAUUUAAAUAAAUACGACAAGUGCUUUUUGAAUGGAAAAACGCUUUUUGAAUGGAAUUUUAUGUCAAACAUUCAUGUGGUAAGUAAAUUCACCGUUCAAAACAAAACAGAUUUCAAAAAAGUGUCCACGUGGUUUAUGGGUCCUUAACAGUUCCUUUGGCAACAAAUUUCCGUCUCAUCACCGUUUCAGACUGCAAAUAAUUGAAAAACACGCCUUUUUUCGCAUGUUCAAAAAUGAAAGGGGUCGGACCUCGGAUUCGUGAUCAUGGACAAAAGUUACCCCUAAGGACAAAGUUUCACACAAAUCGAAGAGGGGUCGGGGCAACUGCUGUGUGAGUUUGCGGAAAAUUACCCCUUAUUAUUCAAUUAAAACAAGUUCUACACAAACUCAAUCCGAUGGAAAUAUUUUUUGGGCGGCAUGGAACCAUGUUUUCCUCACAAACAAAAGUACAAAUUAAACUCAAAGAAAUUGUUGUAAAUUAUUUAGAUUUGUUUAAAUAAGUCUGUUUGGUGAUGAGUUAGAAGAAUCUAUUUGACCAAAAUAAUAUUUCCAACGGUGAAAUUGCUUCUAAACAAUUUGCUGCAAAUAAUUUGUUGUUGUACUAACAUUUCGUCCAUUUGUUUGCGUAGCAAGAUAAAUUAACAUUGUUAUGUAAAACUUACACUAUUUAAAUAAAUGUUAUUCUUAAA